GCUGCAGUUCCACUUUGUCCGGGUCUUUACUGUGGUAUUAUAAAGACAGGCAAUAACACAGAAAAAUGUGGGGUUUGCCCAAGAGGUGAAAGAGCAGAUGCUGAAAAGAUUUGUCGGAAGUGUGAAAACUAUCCAGAUCUUUAUAGUUGGCUUUAUCUUGGCUUUAUGGCCAUGCUUCCACUGCUUUUGCACUGGUUUUUUAUUGAAAGAUAUUCUGGCAAGAAAAGCUCCAGUGCUGUACUUCAGUUGAUUACUGCUUUGUUGGAAUGCAUUGUCGCUGCUGUUGUCACUUUGCUAGUGAGUGAUCCAGUGGGUACACUGUCCAUCCACUCUUGCAAGGUGGACAUGCUGUCUGACUGGUAUACAAUGCUUUACAAUCCCAGCCCAGAUUACAUCACAACUCUGCACUGUACGCAUGAAGCUGUAUAUCCUUUGUAUACAAUAGUGUUUGUAUACUAUGCAUUCUGCCUGGCAUUUAUGAUGCUUCUUCGACCAUUACUGGUUAAGAAGAUUGCUUGUGGCCUGGGAAAGUCAGAUCGAUUUAAAAGCAUCUAUGCCGCACUCUACUUUUUUCCUAUUCUAACUGUACUCCAGGCAGUUGGAGGAGGACUGCUUUAUUAUUCAUUCCCAUAUAUUAUACUGGUUUUGUCCUUGAUCACUUUGGCUGUUUUCAUGUCCACUUCAGAAAUCCAGUCAUUCAAGGAUCUACUAGUCAAGAAGAAAAGACUUGCUGUUCUUAUCAUUCACUGGCUGCUUCACGCUUAUGGGAUUAUCUCUAUCACUGGACUGAAGAACAUUGAACGGGACUUGUCACUUCUGCUUUUAGUACUUGUACCAGCUCUCUUUUACCUUUUUUCUGCCAAGUAUACAGAACCUUCAAGGAUACUUGCUGAAGGAGCAAGUGGUCAUUAGAACCUUGCUAUAACCACUUAUACAGCUUGUGUUUGAACUAUGGGCUGUUCACAAACAUGAGGACAUGACAUAAACAUUUUUGUUUGCCUUUGGAAACAGUGUUAAGGUCCACUUUCAUAUGUUAUUUAUUUUAACUAGGGCCCCAAGUUGACCAACCUGCUUUGUAAAAAUGCAUCAGAUAUGCUGCUUUUGUGUCCUAUUGUGUCAUGGCAUGGUUUUCAUAGUUACAUGCUGAAGUGAGUAAGUAGUUUAUUUGCAAUUUUGUAUGACUUAAUGAAAUGAAUGCAAUGCAAAUCUUGCAGUGAGACUGAUAACAUGUCAUUUAUUGGUGUGCUUGUCGCAGUUUUAGUGGUGAUGUUACUUUAGAAAAAUAAAUGUUGCAGAGCUGCUAGAUGCAACAAACAUCUGA